CCGUUCAUGUAUAUCUUCAUGUUCCUGUUGAAGCAGCAUCGAUCAGCUGCUCGCUGCGCGCGAUCAAAACUGACACCGUAUGUACGUUUUAGGAAGAAAUUUGAGAUCUAGACGCUGUUUUUCUGUAGUAAUCAGAAGGAACUCGAUCGUAAAUUUAGCCUUUUAGGUAGGAAAAUGUGGGGGAAGUGGAGGGCGGUUGUGAAAGAGCUAAAGAUAGUGAGCUACGUAGCAGCACCAAUGGUUGUGGUCACGGUCUUGCAGUAUCUGUUGCAGGUUGUCUCCGUUAUUAUGGUUGGACACCUUGAUGACCUCUCGCUCUCCGGUGUCUCUAUCGCCACCUCUUUUACCAAUGUAACCGGCUUCAGUCUCCUUUUUGGGAUGGCUGGUGCAUUGGAGACUUUAUGUGGGCAAGCUUAUGGGGCAGAGCAAUAUCAAAAGCUUGGAAUAUAUACUCACACGGCCAUCAUCUCUCUUGUUCUGAUUUGUAUCCCAAUAUCCCUGCUAUGGCUGUUCACAGACAAGCUACUAAUACUCGCAGGCCAAGAUCAUUCAAUAUCACUUGUAGCGCGCAAAUACUCAGUAUGGCUCAUCCCUGGCCUGUUUUCGUACGGGAUACUUCAAUCAAUAGUUCGCUACCUCCUGACUCAAAGCAUGAUCCUUCCAAUGCUCUUUAGUUCGUUCGCAACGCUAUGCUUCCAUGUACCAAUUUGUUGGGCUCUGGUUUUUAGAGUAAAAUUGGGAAGUAUUGGAGCUGCAUUAGCCAUUUGUUUAUCAUCCUGGUUCAAUGUGCUAUUGCUUGGGUUCUACAUGAAGUACUCUUCCGCUUGUGAAAAAACUCGUGCCGAGUUGUCAAAGGAUGUCUUUUUGGGCAUGAGGGAGUUCUUUCGCUUUGCUAUUCCUUCUGCCGGAAUGGUUUGCCUAGAGUGGUGGUCAUAUGAGGUUCUUAUUUUGCUUUCCGGGCUUUUGCCAAAUCCGAAAAUGGAGACUUCAGUGCUCUCAAUAUGCUCUACAAUUACUUGUUUGCACUACUACGUUCCAUAUGCAUUUGGAGCCACAGCAAGCACUAGGGUUUCAAAUGAGUUGGGAGCUGGGAAUCCACAGGCAGCUAAAGUGGCUGUGAAGGCCAUAAUGGUAAUUGCAGUUGCAGAGAUGGUGAUUGUAAGCAUGAUGCUAUUCUUCUGCCGCAAUUUUUUGGGCUAUGCUUUCAGCAAAGAGAAGGAAAUUGUGGGUAAUGUUGCAGAUAUGGGGCCUUUUAUUAGUCUCUCCAUCAUUACGGAUGGCUUACAAGUUGUUCUUUCAGGGGUUGCUAGAGGAAGUGGGUGGCAACAUUUAGGAGCUUAUGUGAAUCUUGGUGCAUAUUAUUUGGUUGGGACGCCGGUAGGUGCUGUGUUGACUUUCGCUCUACACUUCAGGGGGAAAGGCCUUUGGAUCGGAUUGUUGACAGGAUCUUCUGUACAAGCAAUUCUGCUAGCUCUAAGAACAAGUUUCACAAAUUGGCAAAAACAGGCAUCAAAAACAAGAGAGAGGCUAUUUGAUGGAGACUCAUAGAUCGUGCCAUUGAAUCGUGCGUUUUUUUUUUUAAAAAUGUUCCCUCAACAUUGCAAGCAAGAAACUAAUCCUCUUAGAUCAGUUGCAGGGCUGGCAUGCAUUUUGAUUUCGUCCGUCCCUUGGACAUGGCUUUCCAUAUCUGAUAAAAGGACUUGUAAAAAAUAUAUA